AUGCUUGUACUGACUGGCUUGGCUGUCAGCGUAGCUGCAUCUGCUUGGGCAGAAGGUGGCAAUGCUGAAGCAGGCAAAACCAAAUCCGCGACUUGUGCAGCCUGCCAUGGCGCAGACGGCAACAGCGUUAACCCUGAAUGGCCUAAACUGGCCGGUCAACACCCAAGCUACAUUCUGAAGCAAUUGAUGAACUUCAAGAAUGAUGAACGUGUAAACCCUUCCAUGACACCAAUGGCAAAACCAUUGAGUGAUGCAGACAUGGCAGACUUGGCAGCUUACUUCUCUUCACAAGUUCCCAAAGCCGGUGAAGCGGAUCAAACCAAAGUCACCUUGGGUGAACAAAUCUACAAGGGCGGCAACAAUGCCACUGGUGUUGCAGCCUGUGCUGCUUGCCACGGCCCAACCGGUGCUGGCAACCCAGCAGCCAACUUCCCUGCUAUCAAUGGUCAGCAU